AUGCCAUUUUUGGGCCAAGACUGGAGGUCCCCUGGAUGGAGAUGGGUUAAAACAGAAGACGGAUGGAAACGAUGUGAACCCUUCAGUCCUGCACUUGAGGAUGGGAACAAUCAGCUGAAUGAUAUCAGUCACACUGUCAUCUUAACUGGUGAUGAUGAAGAUGAAGAAAUAUACAGUACUGAAGAUUGCGAGUUUGCAGCCAAGAAAAGGAAAAAAGAUCAUUUCAGGAAUAAUGCAGAUUCACAAUGUUUUUAUCGUGAAAAGUGGAUUUAUGUUCAUAAAGAAAGCACCAGGGAAAGACAUGGCUACUGCACUUUGGGAGAAGCCUUUAACCGCUUAGACUUUUCAAGUGCAAUUCAGGACAUCAGAAGGUUCAAUUACGUGGUCAAACUCUUGCAGCUAAUUGCAAAAUCACAGUUAACUUCACUGAGUGGUGCAGCACAGAAGAACUACUUUAACAUUUUGGACAAAAUUGUACGGAAAGUCAUGGAAGACCAAUAUAAUCCACGAUUAAUCAAAGAUCUUCUACAGGAUCUGAGUUCUACUCUCUGUAUACUGAUUAGGGGAGUAGGAAAAUCUGUGUUGGUAGGCAACAUCAAUAUUUGGAUUUGCCGAUUAGAAACUAUCCUUCUGUGGCAACAACAACUAAAAAACCUUCAGAUGAACAAGCAAGUCAACAAUGGUCUUACGCUUAGUGAUCUCCCCCUGCAUAUGCUGAAUAACAUCUUAUACAGGUUCUCUGAUGGCUGGGACAUUAUUACUCUGGGUCAAGUGACCCCAACUUUGUACAUGCUCAGUGAAGACAGGCAGUUGUGGAAAAAACUCUGCCAGUACCAUUUUGCGGAAAAGCAGUUUUGUAGGCAUUUGAUUCCAUCAGAGAAAGGUCACAUUGACUGGAAGCUGAUGUACUUUGCACUUCAGAAAUAUUACCCAAUAAAGGAACAGUACGGGGACACCUUGCAUUUCUGUCGACACUGUAGUAUUCUGUUUUGGAAGGAUACAGGACACCCCUGCACAGCCAGUGAUCCAGACACCUGUCUCAUGCCAGUAUCUCCUCAGCAUUUCAUUGAUCUCUUCAAAUUUUGAGAUGUUCAGUAGCUGUUCUGUGUUUUGUGGCCAUUUUUGUGAAGAGUCAGGCAGGAUUUGUUAUGCUUUUUUGUGCAAUAUAUUUAAGUGUAAUGUUUUGUUGUAGUUUAAAACAAAAGAUAUGGGGGAGAUUAUC